GGUUGGUCAAAAGGCAGAUGGAGCCUCAUGCUCUCAGUCACUCUCCUUCACUUCAAGGAUCCAGCGUUUCCUCCUCGUACAGAGAGCGGCCGUCUGCAGCCUUAGCCGAAGAUGUCUGAUAAUGGGGAGGUCGAGGACAAGCCCCCAGCUCCGCCCAUGAGGAACACCAGCACCAUGAUCGGCUCCUGCAACAAGGACCCCGCCCCCCUCAACCACGGCUCCAAGCCCCUCCCACCGAACCCGGAGGACAAGAAGAAGAAAGAUCGCUCGAUCCGAUUCAUCCUGACCGGAGGAGGCGAUAAGACCUAUAAGAAGAAGGAGCGUCCUGAGAUUUCUCUGCCGUCUGAUUUCGAACACACCAUCCAUGUCGGCUUUGAUGCUGUUACCGGAGAGUUCACUGGCAUGCCGGAGCAGUGGGCCCGGCUCCUGCAGACGUCCAACAUCACCAAGCUGGAGCAGAAGAAGAACCCUCAGGCCGUCCUCGACGUCUUAAAGUUCUACGACUCAAAGGAAACGGCCAACAGCCAGAAAUACAUGAGCUUCACAGAUAAGAACACAGAUGCCUACAGCUCCUCCACCACAACGAGCGCCAAGGCCGUGUCAGAGACGCCCGCCAUAGCAACCGUGUCCGAGGACGAGGACGAGGAUGAGGCCGAGCCGCCGCCGGUGAUCGCCCCCCGACCAGAGCACACCAAAUCCAUAUACACUCGCUCAGUGAUCGAGCCCCUCCCUCCUCCUCCGACCAAAGAUGCCGCGACCUCCCCCAUCACCCUGCCGACGGCCGCCGCCGCCGCCGCCACCGUCACCCCCGCCCUCACCCCCGCCCCCGCCACAGAAGGAGCUCCCAGCAGCCCUCCCAGUGCGAGCCCCGCCCCCGGGCCCUCCCUGCCCCGUCCCCAGGACAAAACCAGGAAGAAGAAGAUGUCGGACGAGGAGAUCCUGGAGAAGCUACGGACGAUCGUGAGUGUUGGAGACCCCAAGAAGAAAUAUACGCGCUUCGAGAAGAUCGGACAGGGGGCGUCUGGGACGGUGUACACGGCUAUCGACAUCGCUACAGGACAGGAGGUCGCCAUUAAACAGAUGAACCUGCAGCAGCAGCCGAAGAAAGAGCUGAUCAUCAACGAGAUUCUGGUGAUGAGGGAAAACAAGAACCCGAACAUCGUCAACUACCUGGACAGUUACCUGGUGGGUGACGAGCUGUGGGUGGUGAUGGAGUACCUGGCCGGAGGCUCGUUGACCGACGUCGUCACGGAAACCUGCAUGGAUGAAGCUCAGAUAGCGGCUGUGUGCAGAGAGUGUCUCCAGGCGUUGGAGUUCCUCCACUCGAACCAGGUCAUCCAUCGAGACAUCAAGAGCGACAACAUCCUGCUGGGCAUGGACGGCUCCGUCAAACUCACUGACUUUGGCUUCUGCGCUCAGAUCACUCCGGAGCAGAGUAAACGCAGCACCAUGGUCGGGACUCCGUACUGGAUGGCUCCGGAGGUCGUGACCCGUAAAGCCUACGGCCCCAAAGUGGACAUCUGGUCCCUGGGCAUCAUGGCCAUAGAGAUGGUGGAGGGCGAGCCGCCGUACCUGAAUGAAAAUCCACUCAGGGCGCUGUAUCUCAUAGCAACCAACGGGACGCCAGAGCUGCAGAACCCGGAGAAACUGUCGACGAUAUUCAGAGACUUCCUGAACCGCUGUCUGGAGAUGGACGUGGAGAAGAGAGGGUCGGCCAAAGAACUGCUGCAGCAUCAGUUUCUGAAGAUGGCGAAGCCUCUCUCCAGCCUGACUCCUCUCAUUCUGGCUGCCAAGGAGGCGGCUAAGAACAACCGCUAGCUAGCCUUGCACUCAUUAUUUUGUCUGUUUAUUCCUCUCUCUCUCUCUCUCUCUCUACCAUCCCUCCUUCCUCCGUCUCCUCUCUUCUUCUCUUUUUGUUUUCGGGAGAUGCUGAUGGCUGCUACAUAACCAGUCUCUCUCUCCCAUCUUUUUUCUUUAUCUUUUGUGACUUGCACCGACCGCUCCAUCAUUCUGUGACCUUUGACCCCCAGCUUGCCCCCCCCCCCUCCGUCACCCUCAUAGGGAGAAAGAAGGGCAGUUUCUUCCUGUAAUUUCUCUUUUUCGACGCUCCACUGGACUCAGACAGGAAGAUGGAGGGCAGCAGCCGCCCUCAGCCGGUACGAACAAACCCGACGUGGGAGAGAGAGCCCAAAGACUCAUGGGAGUUUUUUUUUUUUUUUAAAUCAGUGUGUGUUUUUUUCUACCUUGUCUGUUAAAGCCCCAGACCACAACAGCCAACCAGCACCCUCUGCUGCAGACUGUGUGUGAGAGAUUCAUGUGUGGGUUUCAGUUGGACUCAUUUCAUCAUCUCCUAUAAGUGCAUUUGUUGAUUUACAUUUAUCAUUUUUUUAAAUUCAACUUUCCUGUGUGUGUGUGUGUGUGUGUGUGUGUGUGUGUGUCGGGGGGGGGGUGUUGGGAUAUUGAUUCAGUUGAUUGUAGCGUUACCUUCUGUAGUUUUUGAGGCGGAGGAGCUGAGGUUUGGGAGUGUGUCGUGUCUGCAGUGUGAGCUACAGAACAUUAACAUGAGUUAUAAUGAGGAAACACUGGCGUCCACAGCCACUGAUGGACUGAGUCUGGACACAAAAACAACGUUUGACUCCAUGAUGUCUUUCCAGGAGAUGAGCGUUUGCAUAUGGAAAAUAAGUCAACUCAGUUAGAGCUGGGUGAUACGGCAGCAAACGUUUAAUAUA